CCAAUGACAGUGAAGCACGGGUUGCGCAUGCGUAUUAGAAGUUACUUUGCGCGUUGGGUGCAUUUCUCCUUCAAUCUGCCCUCCCGGAGACUCACAGCCGAGACCGGAGCCGGACACCGAGCGAGCAAAACACCGACACAAUGGCAGUUCCACCAUCGUACUCCGACUUGGGCAAGUCAGCCAAGGAUAUCUUCAGCAAGGGCUAUGGCUUCGGGGUCGUGAAGUUAGACUUGAAGACCAAGUCUCAGAGCGGAGUGGAGUUCUCCACCUCUGGCUCCUCAAACACAGACUCCGGCAAGGCGACGGGGAGUCUGGAGACCAAGUACAAGAUGAAGGAGCUGGGCCUGACCUUCAACCAGAAGUGGAACACGGACAACACCCUGAGCACCGGGGUCACCCUGGAGGACCAGUUGGCGAACGGACUCAAGCUUACCUUCGACACCUCAUUUGUACCAAACACAGGUAAGAAGAGUGGUAAGCUGAAGACUGGGUACAAGCGUGACUACAUCAACCUGGGCUGCGAUGUGGAUUUCGACUUUGCCGGCCCUGUGAUCCACGGCGCCGCUGUCGUCGGCUAUGAGGGCUGGCUCGCCGGGUACCAGGUGGCCUUCGACACGGCCAAGUCCAAGCUGGCCCAGAACAACUUCGCCCUGGGCUACAAGGCAGGGGACUUCCAGCUGCACACCAACGUCAACGACGGGACGGAGUUCGGCGGCUCCAUCUACCAGAAGGUGAACGACAAGCUGGAGACAGCGGUGAACCUGGCCUGGACCGCGGGCAGCAACAACACCCGCUUCGGCAUCGCGGCCAAGUACCAGCUGGACACGGACACCGCCAUCUCCGCCAAAGUGAACAACGCCAGCCUGAUCGGAAUAGGAUACACCCAGACCCUCCGGCCAGGAGUGAAGCUGACUCUGUCUGGUCUGGUGGACGGAAAGAACUUCAACGCCGGAGGUCACAAGAUCGGUCUCGGGUUCGAACUUGAAGCAUAAAGAGAGGCGUGGGCCAGUCUACCCCUUCCGAAAGCGUUGGGACCGACCUGACUCCCCCCUCCCCCACACACCACCGAUUUUCAAUCUGCAGCAUCCUCAAUCUCACACACUAAUAGGCUCAUUUUUUUUCAACUUUUUUUUGGGGGGAACUUACUCCAACAAAAUCCUGCAAGUGGAAAUGUUUCCUUUUUUUCUUAAAUAUUAUUUCAUUUCUUUGGUGUUAAAGCCUUGUGGAGGGAAGCUUGGGUUUGUGACGUGCCUCAACUGCAGCCCACCUGCUCAGUGUUGCUGUUUUAAAUUAUUACUGUUUUCUAGAGAACAGUACAUAGCGUUCCAUUCUAAUUGGGAAGGACUCGCUCCAAAUUUAUUAUUUACUGACAUUUCUGCAUCUGCAUGUCGGAACACCUCGGUGUGUCAAUUUAUUUUAUUUUAAUUUUUUUUUGUACAAUUUUUAAACACCUGUCAUGAUGGGAGCGCCGAACUUGAAUUUAAAAAAAAUAAAUAAAGAAAUGAAAACAAAA